AUGACUAAAAAGCCAAACUCCAAGGAGAAAAAACAAAUGCUUUCACUAAUGCGACACCAAGGAUGUUUGGAUGACGGGUUGAGGGACAAAAUUGUGCCUAAGAAAUAUAAACCUGGCGAAGAAGUGAAUGAACAAAAUUUUGCUAUAUGCAAAUAUUGUAAAGGGUUUUUCAAGCGGCUGUACUUGAGCCGACAUGUGAAAAAGUGUUUUGCCAAACCAUCUGGGUCUGAAGAUGUGAAACACCCUUUAACUGAAUCAUAUAUAUACCAUGCUUGUCAGAAAAAAUAUGGGGAAAUAUUAAGUAAACUCCAAGUGAAAAAAGAAGUUUUUGAGAGAAUGCACGCCGAUGAAAUUACUCGAACUGCGAGUAAUGAUAUUUUGAUCAUUUAUUAUGGAGAGGAUUUACUCAAGAAAAUAAAAAUGAAAAGAAGGUUUUAUCACAUUAGUAACAAACUUCGUGAAUGUGCUAAGUUUCUUAAUGAAAUAAGAAAAAUUAAACCUUAUGAUAAUCUUUUGUCCGUUUUGAGACCUGAAAAUUUCGACAAUACUAUCGAGGCUAUCAAGUCACUUUCAAGGUAUGAUAUCUCCAAGAGGAAUUUUGGAGCAGCAUCCUUGGCAUUACAUUUCAGAACCAAUCUGACUAACUUAUGUGAUUUGGCAAUUAAACUAAUUCUAAGAAGAAAAAUACCUCAUUUUCACCAAGAUAUUGAAAAAACAUUGACAGAACUUGAAAGGUUCAAGAACUUAGUGGAUACUCAGUGGGCUACUGAAAUUGGAAGUUUAGCACUCAAGGAUUUGAAUGAGAAGUCGUCAGUUAAGCCCAAGUUGCUGCCAAUAACCGAAGAUAUAGUCAAGUUUGCAAGAUUAGUUGACGAUAGAGCUGAGGAAGCUUAUAAAACACUUUUUCAAAAUAGAGUGGAUAGAGUGUCAUAUAGAAUUCUCGUGGAAACGGUACUAGUGGCUACUAUUUUACACAAUAGAAGGAGAGUGGGAGACGUUCAAUACCUGGAGUGGCAUUCAUUGAAAGAACAAUUUGAAACAGAAUAUACUAUUUCACAUACAGAAAUAGCUAGUUCAUUAACCGAAAAUGAAAAGAUUCUAACUGAAAAUUAUAAAAGAAUAGUUUCAAUAGGGAAAGGCAGCAGGGCCGUUACAAUUUUAAUUCCGAAAAAGAUGUUUAAAUAUUUUAAACUUUUAUUGAAACUUAGAGAAGAACCUUGGUUUCCAAUCGAGAACACUUAUUUUUUUACGUAUCCUGAAUCGAAAUUUUGGAUUGAUGGUUGUUGUGUUAUUCGGAAAUAUGCAAAUUCAUCCAAUGCCAAAUAUCCCGAAUUGAUAACAUCAUGUAGGUUGAGGAAACAUAUUGCGACUGUCACACAGCUUCUCAAUCUACAAACGAAUGAAAUUGACCAAUUAGCCAAAUUUAUGGGGCAUACAUCUAAAACGCACGAAAGUUUUUACAAGUAA